AUGUCGCCAUAUUUCCAAGAUAUGUUGGAUGGUGUUGCUGGUAUUAGACCUGGUUACAAGGGGCCUUCUUAUGAUAAGUUAAGGGUUCAUUUGUUGGCUGAUCUUAAAAGAGAAAGUCAAAUGCUAGUUGAUAGUUAUAGGAGUGCAUGGAAGGAAACUGGAUGUACCCUCAUGGCUGAUGGUUGGAUAGAUCAAAGACAAAGAACGUUAAUCAAUUUCUUGGUGUAUUGUUCUAAAGGUUUGUGCUUCGUGAAAUCAGUAGAUGCUUCCAGUAUGGUAAAAAAUGCUUCACACUUGUGUAAUUUGUUUUCUGAGGUGAUUGAAUGGAUUGGCCCAAAUAAUAUUGUGCAUGUUGUGACUGACAAUGCGGUCAAUUAUGUUGCUGCUGGUAGGCUUAUCAAUAGAAAAUAUGAUAAUAUCUAUUGGUCACCAUGUGCUGCUCAUUGCCUUAAUCUUAUUUUAAAAGAUAUAAGCAGCAUGGCGCAUAUUUCCAACCUUGCAACUCGUGUUUCAAAGAUCACAGUAUUUGUGUACAAUCAUACGGUUUUCUUAUCUUGGCUAAGACAAAGACCUCAUUGGAGAGAAAUUGUACGUCCUGGUGCAAUCCGGUUUGCAACUGUGUUUAUUACAUUGAAGACCAUCUUUGAUCGUAAAAAGGAGUUACAACAAUUGGUUGUAGAUUCAAUUUUCACUAAUCACAAAUUAGGAAGGAGUGCUACUGAUGAAUGGUGGAGCUUAUUCAGAGGCUCUGCUCCAUGUCUACAAAAGAUAGCUGUUCGCAUUCUUAGCCAAGCAUCUGCUUCUUCUAGGUGUGAGAGAAAUUGGAGCCUUUUUGACCAGAUUCAUACAAAAAGAAGAAAUAGAUUGGAGCAUGAUAGACUGAAUGACAUUGUUUAUGUUACCUAUAAUUUGCGUCUUAAAUCCAGGAAGAAAAAAGAAAAAAGAAAGCAAAAGACACAAUAUGAUCCAAUUGAUUAUGAAAGUGAAAUUGAUGCUGAUUUAUAUCAAAGUGGCGGUGGUAGUAGUGGUCUUUAUGCUGCAUCUCUUGAUUCUUCUGCUGAUCAGGGUGGGAAUGAAGGUGAAGAUCAUCCCACCGAAGCAGAUUUGCAACAAGUUCUUGCGAAUUUUGAUGAUUGA